CGGCUCGCUGUUGACUACUACUUCAAAAUGGCGACCACUGUCGACAAAAUCAAGGAGAUCGAGUCCGAAAUGGCCCGGACCCAGAAAAACAAAGCCACUUCUUUCCAUCUCGGUAUCUCGCGUAUAGCCUCCGAUCGGUCCGCAUACGUGCUCAUGCGUCGCAGGUCAAUUGAAGGCAAAGCUUGCUAAGCUCAAGAGGGAGCUGCUCACUCCUAGUUCGAGCGGAGGCGGUGGUGGCGUUGGUUUCGACGUCGCUAGGACGGGUGUCGCGAG